CAUAUUGGUUCAUUUACCACACCCAGGUAUAUCGAAGAGAGUGUGUGUAAAUAACCGAGGUCUCAAUUUGGGUCAAGUGACGGCCCUUAUUGUUGCCCAUUUAUAUUUGGCAGAAUAGAUGGAAUUGGAAAACAUUGUCGCCAAUACCGUCUAUCUCAAAGCACGAGAAGGUGGAGGUGGAAAGCGGAAAGGAAAAAGCAAAAAAUGGAAACAAAUCUUGAAAUUUCCACAUAUAUCACAGUGCAUAGACAUGAAGUCAAAAUUACAGAUGACUUACAAGAACAUGGUUGAGCAGCAACCGGUUGGCCGAGAGUUGUUCCGACAGUUCUGUGACACAAAAUCAGAAUGGUCUCGUCUAAUCAAGUUCAUGGACACUGUGGAGGAAUAUGAAUUGGCAUUGGAUGAAGACAGACUUACAAAAGCAAAAGAGAUUUUUGACACCUAUUUGAAUCCAGAGUCAAAUUUGUACAUAUCUCAAGUGAACGGAAAUCAGAUUUCGGCUGUGAAGGAUGCGCUGACAAGUGAAGACUGUCCCCCCAAAGAACUCUUCAGUGAAUGUGCUACUAUUGUGAAGGAAUUUCUGAGCACAGUCCCAUUUGUUGAGUUGCUUGAAAGUAUGUACAUGAAGCGGUACUUGCAGUGGAAGUGGUUAGAAAGUCAACCUGUGACGAAGAACACAUUUCGUAUGUAUCGUGUUCUGGGAAAGGGUGGAUUUGGGGAGGUGUGUGCGUGUCAGGUUCGAGCUACAGGCAAGAUGUACGCAUGCAAGAAACUCGAGAAGAAGAGGAUAAAGAAGCGCAAAGGAGAACACAUGGCUCUGAAUGAAAAACAAAUAUUACAGAAGGUCAACUCACGCUUUGUAGUUAGUUUAGCCUAUGCAUUUGAAACAAAGGACGCCCUGUGUCUCGUACUCACCAUUAUGAAUGGCGGGGACCUGAAGUUCCACAUCCACAACAUGGGCAACCCAGGCUUCCCGGAGGAUCGCGCCAUCUUUUAUGCAGCAGAGAUCACGUGUGGGCUGGCAGACCUCCACAAGGAACGCAUUGUAUACAGGGAUCUGAAACCAGAAAAUAUUUUGUUAGAUGAUAAUGGUCAUGUUCGGAUAUCGGACUUGGGACUGGCUAUAGAAAUCCCUGCUGGCGAAUCAAUUAGAGGACGAGUAGGGACUGUUGGAUACAUGGCUCCGGAGGUUGUUAAAAAUGAAAAAUACACCUUCAGCCCGGACUGGUGGGGUCUCGGGUGUAUCAUCUAUGAAAUGAUAGAAGGCAAGGCGCCAUUUCGUGCUCGAAAGGAGAAAGUGAAGCGCGAGGAAGUAGAUCGACGGGUGAGAGAGGACCAAGAAACAUACUCAGCUAAAUUCUCAGAGGAUAGUCAGUGUAUAUGUAAAGUUCUGCUUCAGAAGGAUCCAACCUGCAGGCUAGGUUGUGGCCCUGAAGGAGCCAGAGAGGUUAAAUCUCAUAUAUUUUUCAAGAAUAUCAAUUUCAAGAGAUUAGAGGCUGGCAUGUGGGAUCCUCCAUUUGUACCGGAUCCCCGAGCAGUGUACUGCAAGGAUGUACUAGACAUUGAACAGUUUUCCACGGUCAAAGGUGUCAACCUGGACGCCAGCGAUGACUCAUUCUACAGCAAAUUUAACACUGGCAGCGUAUCCAUACCCUGGCAAUAUGAAAUGAUAGAAACCGAAUGUUUCAAAGAGUUAAAUGUUUUUGGUCCGGACGGUGGGCCGAGUCCCGAUCUGAUAGAGGAUCAGCCUCCCCCCUCCCCGCAGCGAGGCUUCUUUGACAGGUUAUUUCACAGGAGAAGAGUAAGUGGUACUACUAAUAGGUGCUGUUGGGCAGGAACAAGGCAUGAACGAAACUCAUAAGAAGACAAAUCAACGGUGAUGUCCAUUUAUUGUUGCUAUGGAGACACAAUUUCAGCAGCAUAGUUUUAAAGUGAGAAAAUGUGAUACGUCAAUGUACCAGAAGCCACACUUGUAUGUGAAUAAGACCACAGUUAGUUUGUGCGAGUGUUUGAUGUCUCACGGUUCUUACCAUCUGUUAACGAGUCGUGUGUGGGAGGGGGGGGAGACAGGUGGUGAGCGGCAGAUGGAUGCAUUAGACUGUGUUAGCGGCAAAAUAGCUGUCGCCACUAGUGUUCCGUGAAGAAGAAAAAAAGUUCAAUCUAUUAAAUUUUUUUACGGAGAUUAAAAAAACCCGUACAAGAUAUAUAAAAGAUUUAUAUAUGCAUCCGCUUGCCAAAUGACUAUUUCAUGUUGGUGCACUCGAUAAUUUCAGUCAUUUGUUUGCCACAUUUGAUGUGACAUUUUUGCAGAUUUCUUCUUUGUGUUCGUGGCCAAUGUUUUAGUUUUCUUUGAGGUAUGAUCAUCGAUGUUGUAUGUUGUAAUCCGUGUCUCAUGCAGUGCUACCUCAGUGAAAAGCGUAUUUUAAAGAAAAAAAGAGAAAAAUAAGAGAAAAAGUACAGCCGGGUGGAUAACGAUCUUGUGUUGGAGUGCUGCAGGAAAUGAGCUUCAGCCUAACGCAACCAGUAUUAAUCUGAUUCCAAGAAAAAAUUAAACAAAACAAAAAGAAGAAAAAAACUACAACAAAAAAAACAUUUACUCAUCUUGUUCUCCAUUGCUCAGGAGUGGUUUCCCUUUGUUUUGGAGGAAUUGCAUGGGAGUGCUCUCCCUUCCAUAAGCAGGAGGUGCACUGGGGAGUAAUGAUUGUUGUCACAGUUGAAUUACUGCUCGGUCCAGGCUGGUCUCCUACCGAAGCAUAAUGAACACUUUUAAUACUUACUUAUAUAUAUAUAUAUACAUAUAUUAUAUAUUAUUUAUCUGGUAGUCAGAAAUAUACAAUAUUUUGCAUUCAGGCACCCCACAUGUCUGCUCAACGCACCGUGCACAUGAUUUCAUUCUUCACUUUGUACUGUAAAUCAUAAAGAUCACAAAUUUAAUAUACCGAAGGUACUCUGUCCUAUAACAAUGUGGUACUUCUGUCUAAAACUUACGUUUCUUGCCAGAACGGUCAAUUUUCACAUCUAGAACUUUGCAAAAUUUAUUUCCAAGUGUAUAAUCACAUAAAAUCUUGUCUUUUAAAAUUCUAUCUGGUAAUGAGUAAAAUGUUUACUUUCGAGAUCAUUUCAAGUGCUUUGAAUUCCCACACUUGUAGAUUCCCUGGGAUGUAACUUUUAAUGGUAUCAUCAUGUUUACUCCUCCCAAACAGGUAUACCAAGAAGCAGGGCUAGCUUGGGCGCUCCCCAUAUUCACAAUGUACAAAUUCUAAAAACAAUUAGAAUAUUUUAUCUUUGUUUGGCAAAAUAAUUGCAUGUAAUAAUGGAUAUUUUGUUGGAAAAUAACUGGGUUUUAGCCAUGUUUGAAGUUCAGUAGAUAUCUUGUCAAAAUGUUCUGUUCCUGGAGAACUAGCCUUACGUAGUGUUGGGAGUUUCAUCAAUAAUCGUCUGUUAUCAUCUGUUUGUACCAGCUGAUCAACUCGAGAUUAUAAUUGGUUACAGUUGCAUAAACAUGACAAGUAUUAUGAUUGUUAAGACCAAGUACCUAGUGUUGUGUUCACCAGGACUGAACCCACAAAUGGCAAAGUUUACCAUCUACAUCUGCUUUCUUCAUGUACAUAUAAAAAUAAAGACACUCCGGUAUAUUUUUUUCACUACAUCUAAACUGUAGGAACUGCAGUUAACAUUUUCCACAAGAAUUUAUUGUGGAUUUUUUAAACUGAUCAUUGCAUCGGAAGAGCUGAUAAUUUGUUAUUAUUAACAAUCAUUGACACAUCACUAACUUCAAGAUGCAGCCUUGAGUUUCUACACUUUAGGACGGCCAAGAAUAAACACACUGUAUUACCACUUAUCCAAAACCGCUCCAACUCGAAAACUGUACUAUUUUAAAAUGGGGCAUUUAAAAACAAAACUACACAAUAUUGACACUUGACUUAACACAUUUGUUUAGGAAGCACUUUUUGGAUGAAUAAUAAAAUAUAUAUUUGAAAGAAAACAAUAACAAUUAUUUUUGUGCAAAACACAAUGUAUCAGUACAGUAAUAUUGCAUUAUGGCAUCGUACUGAAUACCACUUCAGAGUAGCAUACCUAAUAUAGGUAACAAAUCCAACUUGUAAUUGAUAAACUGACUUCUAAACAACAAACAAGAUAUCCCAGUCAAGUCUGCUAAUAGACUGGUUUGCUUAAUCUAGUUCAAAAUUGUGCGAUUUGCUUUGAUAACUGCAUAGUACAGAUUUUGGGAGAAGAAAGCAAAAUGACAGAUUCUUAAUACCCAUUGGAAUGUUUAAUUUUAAACAGAAACAACAAUUAUGUCGUAAUCAUUUUAUAUAUUUUAUUAUUGAAGUAAACAAGGUAAACGUUACUGUUGGUAACAAGUUAGUGUGACAACACUGAUCAGGCACAUCAGUCUUUCCUGUUAGUAGUACAGUUUUCGAGUGAACAAGCAUUUUGAGUAAACAAGGAUAUGUACAAAAAUAAAUAUCCAAAGCAAGAAACUUAUUUUUAAUCAGAACCAGCAUACACGUUUUUUUUUAGGACUAAGCACCUUGAACAACAUAAAAUACAGGGGCCCAUUUCACAAAACACAUUAAGUUUACAUCUGCGACUAGUAGUUAUACCAGUCAUACGUUUACACAUGUUUGGCAUCUAUUUCACACACAAUAUUACAUCAUUGUGGAAGAUUGAGCAUUUUAAGUACAAAAGAAAAUGAAAUAUGUGUACUUCAAUUUAUAUUAGUGUUCUGUUAGUGGUAAUAAGAAUCGUGGUUUAGUCAUACAUAGCAAAACUAGACUUACGAUGCUUUGUGAAAUUGGGCCCUGGCCUGUAUGCUUGAAAAAAAAUACCCUUUUUUUAGUGCCGAGUGUAAAAGAAUCGCAUUUGCAUGAAACAGUGGACCUCGUGGGUAGAGAGAAGGAUUUACACCCAACUCAUCUCCCACCCGUUGUUACGGGCCUCGACCAGUCAUGCAGGACCGUUACGAGGUAGUAAGAAAACAUUUUGAUUGCUUUGUAUUGUCUUGCUAAAUUUAUACAAACGAUUUGUUUCAUUUGGUAUGGUCUUAAUGUUUUAAGAUUUUAUGAUUCACCGAAUAUCAUUGUUUUUCUCUGGUAUAUUUAAUACAUAAUGCAUUUAUUUAUAAUUACACUGGUACAUUAUCAUAGACUAGCUCAAAAAUAGGUUUGGUCUGACCAUAUAUUUCAAGUCCAUGGUGAAAUUCUGUUUUUAGUUGUACUUGUUGUACUCCAAAAACAAGUUGCAAUAAUAAUGAGCUACGUUUUGUCUGAAUGUUUGGGAAGAAAAAACCCUGACUUGGUGUGAAAACAUUCCCAAACCUUUGUGACGAAUUUGUUACAUUGAUACCUCUGGAUUGUCUUAAAUGCCAAAAAUACACAUCUUUCUCUGGAUCUGUAUCUUUUAACUGUAUGUGAAAAGGUUAAAGAUAGUUGUUGAUCAAGCCAUGACCUAAGUUAAUGUAAGUAUGUACUUUGGAGAGUAAAAUUAAUUUAUUGUUUUAAAACAGUUAUGUGGCUUGUUUUUCGAAUCUGAAUGUCACAAUGUUGCUUUCAGUGGUUCAGUGUCACGGUUGCUAUCAUGGUAAAACAAAUUACAUUUGUUAAAUUGAAACAGUUUUUCUAAGUUUUUAAUAUGAUGUUUUAAAGAAUCGGUUACUAAUGCUAACUCAGAUGCAGAUGUGACAUUUAUUAAAUACAUUUAAUCCCAUCAUAUAUAUGGGGCAGUUCCCAGUUAUCAACAUUAUCAUGAGUAUAUACAAAGUUACAAACUAUUCUGGUGGUUGGGGCUGGGUAGAAGGUUAAUGUUGAGGUAUGCUUUUAAAAUAAGAAAGCAAUUUCAUGUAUGCAUUUAGGCGGGUAGACUGCUAAAAAGAACACAUUUUGGAUGUUUUUGAAAAAUGUUGAUAAUUAAAAAAACACCCAAAAAACAAAACAUUUCCUUCUUUAAAAAACAACAAAAAUGCAUUUUAUGGAUAAUUAAAACGUUUGUGCUGUAAUCUCAGAUACUGCAAUAUUGAAGGUUAUGAGAUUAUUUUUUGGUCAGACUUGAAUGAUGUUUUAAACUUUGUUUCAUAAUGGUAAAAAAUGCCAACAUCUGCAAGUUAGCGCGUAAGUUCUGUUAUUUUCAGACUGAUGUUUAUUAGGCCAGGAAUGAAUAUUAGUUGUACUUGUCUAACAGAACCCAAUGCAUGUCGGUUUUCAGUUUAAUGGAAAAGUUAGCUAUUGCGGCCACUUUUCUCACAUACAAGACAAUAAUAAGUAUUUUUCUCUGAGACAGUAACACACACAUCCAUUUUGAAUGUGGGCAUUUCUCCAGGUUUGAAAAUGACAAUUAUCCAGAGAUGUUUCUGACCCUGUUAAAAUGCACAGUUUCAGUGAUUGUUUCGUGUCCGGUUGUCAAUGUGAAUAAUUGUGUUUGAAUUCCUAACAACUCUGUUGGUUAAGUGAACACAUAGAUAGGGCAUAGUAUACAGUAUUUGACCAGUUUAAAUUUGUAGCAGUGUUUUUCUGUUACGAAAUGUGUAGCAGUGUUUUUCUGUUACGAAAGCUUUGACAUGAUGUUGACUUGGCAGAUGACAACUGCCAGCAUACAGUACUUGUAUAAUAUGUAUCUGAAGAUACAUUCGAACAUGUUUGGAAUUAAUCUUUUUUUUCAGUAUCGAUUGAAUUUUGUUUCAUAGCAACACAUUAGCAGCACGUACUAGAUGGAAGUAACUGUUUUUGUGAAUAUAUUAGGACAGGGUAAAGAACUUUUAUGAAAAAACAAAAGGUCACUUCUGUCAUUAUACCUUAGGAAAUGUGUAUCUAGUGUUGCUACUGUUAAAUAUUUAUGGACUAAAAAUAAUCUGUGGUGUUUAAUUGUCAAUGUCAAGCGUCUUCAGUUGGCAGUUUGUUACAAUGAAGAAGUAAAAUAUGAAGUAACAUGCAUAAAAUAAAAUACAUUGUGUCUAAA